CCGCGACCGGCGAGUUUGGAUUUUAAAUCGCAGCGACCAAUCAGCGACUUGCAUUCUGCUUCAAAACUAACGGCGGCAGCAGGGCCGGGAGCAGAGGGAUUAAAGGGCUCAAGGAGUAGCAGCACGUCCGGCCAGGAGUCCCAGCCUGUCCCCGCAAUCCGCACCGCAUUCAUGGCUCACAUCCCCGGCAAGGUCCCGGUCCCGGCCCCGGACAUGGGGAAACCCCCCGGGCUCCCGCUCGCCUCCUCCGUCAAGGAGAUCCCCGAGAUCCUGGUGGACCCCCGCACCCGCCGCCGGUACAUGAGAGGCCGCUUCCUGGGCAAAGGGGGCUUCGCCAAGUGCUACGAGAUCACCGACCUGGAGAGCCGGGAGGUGUUCGCCGGGAAGAUCGUCCCCAAGACCAUGCUGCUCAAACCGCACCAGAAGGACAAGAUGACCAUGGAGAUCGCCAUCCAGCGCAGCCUGGACCACAAACAUGUGGUGGGCUUCCAUGGCUUCUUCGAGGAUAACGACUUCGUGUUCGUGGUGCUGGAGCUCUGCAGGCGGAGGGUAAGCAGACUCCCAUCACCCCCAUCACUGUGAGGGACAUCCCCCCCCAGUAUGGCUUUCCAGUGACUGCUCGGAUUAGGGAUCCCCUGUCACCCAUCCCCCCAGUAUGGCUUUCCAGUGACUGCUCGGAUUAGGGAUCCCCUGUCACCCAUCCCCCCCAGUAUGGCUUUCCAGUGACUGCUCGGAUUAGGGAUCCCCUGUCACCCAUCCCCCCCAGUAUGGCUUUCCAGUGACUGCUCGGAUUAGGGAUCCCCUGUCACCCAUCCCCCCCAGUAUGGCUUUCCAGUGACUGCUCGGAUUAGGGGUCCCUGUCACCCAUCCCCCACCCGUAUGGCUUUGUGACUGCUCGGAUUAGGGAUCCCCCUGACCCCCAUGGCUUUCCAGUGACUGCCUUGGAUUAGGGGCUCGGCAGUAUAGGCUUUCCAGUGACUGCUUCGAUUACCGAUCCCCCCAGUAUGGCUUUCCUGGUGACUGCUCGAUAGGGGUCCUGUCACCCAUCCCCAGUAUGGCUUUCCAGUGACUGCUCGGAUUAGUCCCCUGUCACCUAUCCCCCCCAGUAUGGCUUUCCAGUGACUGCUCGGAUUAGGGGUUCCUGUCACCCAUCCCCCCCCCGUAUGGCUUUCCAGUGACUGUUCGAUUAGUCCCUGUCACCCAUCUCCCCCAGUAUGGCUUUCCAGUGACUUCUCGGAUUAGGGAUCCCCUGUCACCUAUCCCCUUCCCCCCAGUAUGGCUUUCCAGUGACUGCUCGGAUUAGGGGUCUCUGUCACCCAUCCCCCUUCCAUUAUCCAGUGACGCCCCCCCGUUCAUUUUAUGUGAUCAGUUUGAGUGACUACAAUUCUCAUAAUGCUCAGGCAGCCAAGUGACUAGUCCAGGAGCUGGCUUGUUGGACUGGUAGAAGGGAUGCUUUCGAAGGUCCUUGUUCCUGGCUGAGCAUGUUGAGAAUGGUAGUCCAGUAGCCGGAUUGCAUAGUGGCCAUGGAAGGGGGUUGGUUUGAUUCACAAUCUAUGGUGCAGUGGGCUGUGAUAAUCCUGACAGGUUUGAUUAACACUCGUUUCUGCAGCAGAGUGAGAGCCAUUUCAGACUUUCAUUCUGUGUUAAUGUGACUGAAGUCAAACCCAAUCAGCCUUUAUUGUAAUCAUAUUGUGAAUGUGUUCGUGAUCCUGACUUUUAAACAGCGGCACAAACUAGCUUUAAUGGGGGAGUGCACUUGUAGGGAGUCUGAGCAUUUUUCAAAAAGUCUCUGACCGGAUUCCAGUCACAUGUCUCAAUCCUGGCUGAGAUCGGUUUAUAUUCUGGGGAGCGAUGGAAUCUACUAAAUAUGUUGGCUCUUUAUAAAUGCCAUCAAUAAAUUAAAGGUGCAAUGAUCUAUUAAUUGGCUUUUACACUUUUCCCCCUAUUUCCUAUAUCUCAUCCUCUGGAUCCUUCGUAUAUUUAGCUAAGCUCAUGCGAAAGUGGCCAGUAUUUGAUGCAAAAUGUCCUGAAUCGAUUCUUUUAAGAUAAAAUGUGAAUUGUUCUCUUGGUUUUGGUUACUGGCUGACUCUUCCAACAGCCAUAAUUACAUUGUAACCGUUCACAUCAACAGAAACCAAGCUCAGCUCUCCUGCCCCCUGAAGGUGGACUAGGUAACACUGCCUUGCACAGAUAGAUGUGUUUAUAGUCUGGCAGGCAGUGUCUUCCAGCUGAGCAGUUGGUGUUGGUAUAACCUGCCUUAUCUUGUAUAUUCUAUCGUUUCAGUCCUUGCUGGAGUUGCAUAAAAGGAGGAAAGCAGUAACCGAACCCGAAGCUCGCUAUUACCUGAGACAGACCAUCUUAGGAUGUCAGUAUUUGCACAGCAACAGAGUCAUUCACAGAGACCUCAAGCUUGGAAAUCUCUUCCUGAAUGAUGAAAUGGAGGUGAAAAUAGGUAAAUACGCUAACUCUGCAUUCAAACUAUAAAUCUCUGGCGGUUGCGUUGCCUGUCACUCUGAACCUUUUUUUGGUCAAGACGAGCCUUGUGUUGCUCAACAUGCAGGGCGAGAAGUAAAGUGGGAGUCCAUUGCGUUGGUGGCGAAACAUUGUAUUACCAGCUGUUUCCACGCAUAUCUCACAUGAUCUGCCUGUCACAAGGCUGGUAAAGUUUUAAGGUAGUUCAUAAACGGCUGAUCUACCUUUUUGGCCACCUAUGAGUCAUGGAUUCUUUCCAGGCUACUGACACAAACCCAUGAGUAUUCCUUAAGAAGAUUGCCCUCUCCAGAGAUGGGAUCCUAUAAACCAUCCCCGUUUUAUUUUAACAUGACUUUGCAUCACCGUAAAGAGAGUAAAAUUGUGUGACCAGGUCUUGCAAAUGUUUAGCUCUCGUAAGUAUUGAUACGAGUCAAUGUCUGGCAUGUCCUGCUUUGCUAUUGUAGCUUACCCAUUUUCUGUGAUUCCAGGUGACUUUGGAUUGGCAACCAAAGUGGAAUUUGAUGGUGAAAGAAAGAAAACGCUAUGUGGAACCCCAAAUUAUAUUGCUCCCGAAGUACUAGGCAAGAAGGGACACAGUUUUGAAGUGGAUAUCUGGUCCCUUGGUUGCAUCAUGUAAGUGACUAGUUACAAAAACAUUGUCCCAGAUUGAAACCUUAGUAUUUAGGACCACUCUUCACUGUGGCAAUUGGUGGAAUAGUUAACAUUGCAUUGGUUUCCAUGGUGACUAUUCCAGCUCUAGAACUGAUUCUAUAAACGUUCCCAGUGCUAAGCUUCAGCCAUUCUGAAUAUAAAGUAUUAAACUUUGUCACAAUCGGCUUGUGACCCUCACUUAUAAUAGUCUUCUGUGCUCUCAGGUACACACUAUUGGUCGGAAAACCUCCUUUUGAGACUUCAUGCCUGAAAGAGACUUACCUGAGGAUUAAAAAGAAUGAAUACACUAUUCCCAAGGUAUGAUGGAACUCUAAACUGAAUAUAAAUAUUUUUACUUUCCUCUCAUACUGGGGAUUGGAAGCCUGGCUUCUUCGUGUCUUUACUUCAGGAUAUUGCUUUAUAAACUGCUCCUUAUCUGGGGCCGUGCGGCCUUGCAUACAGCAUAGGUGAAAUCAUGUGACCGUCACACAUGAUGGGCAGGUGUUUCCAAAGAUAGAAAGUGGUGCAUCAUGGGAAGAUGGUGCAAUGCAUGUCUGAACCGCACACUCCGUAGUCUGUCAGUCCCUCUUAUUCACGAGAGAACACUCACAGGUGACCCAUGAAAGAAAGGGAAACAUUAGUGACCUGCCCUAUGUGAAACACGUCUCAACACAAUCUCUGGUGCAAUGGGAAAAUUUCUCACUUUUAUUUUUAAAAUUGCUCGGAUACACUACCAGUGUGUCUGAAAGUCUCACUUUCCUGCAGUGUAUAGCCACCCACCAAACAUUCAUCAAAACUUGAAGGGUGAAAACAGUAACUUUUUCUUUAUAAUUUUUCAUCAAAACCCAUUUAUGCACAGACCUCAGGCAUUGUAUUAACUUAAACAAUACAGAUCCCACCCAGGCCUGUCUGGGAGAUAACUAGGUAGAGAAAUGCAACUCUAACCUCCAGACCUCAUAGUGCCUUAAUAAAAUACCCAACCAUAUAAAGUUCUCAUGCAGUAAACACCACAUGUGGUAUCUUUGGCUAGCUAAACCCAAGAGCUGUCUGCAGUUCGAAUAGCGCCCUCUGAUCCUUUGCAUGAUGUAGGCUCUCCACCUGGUUAAAUGUUUGAUUGGCCAUGGCUGAGUUCUGAGCCGAUUUUAAGUUCAAUGUAGCUGGCCUGAGUUGGUAGGCUGAUCUGAAGGACCUAACCUGCACAUAUGCUUGACCUUGUAGUGUCUGAAGGAGUCACAGCAGGGUAAUCAGUCUUUUCUGCUCAGUUAGUACAGUAUCAACCCAGGCAUGAGGGGGCACUGCCCCUUUCCUAUAUGGACAAAGCAGCGGGUUCUGAAUGUUUGACUAGAGGAAAGCCUACUGACCUCAAUAAGUGUUCCUAUUGUCUAAUACAGGUGUGCUUAAAAGGUAGAUCCCCCUGAUGUCUUAAAACUACAACUUCCAUAAUGCUCUGUCAUUCUAAGGCAUACAAAGCCUCAUCAAAGUUGUACUACAACAUCUGGGGAUUUACCUAUUGGGCAGCCCUGGUCUUAUAAAUACAUGAAGACUUACCUUUACUCUACAAAGAUCUGGAUCAUGGUGUUGGUUGAUUUUAAGAUGAAAUGACUUGUCUGUUAAAUUUCUAUGUAUACACUUAUUGGGAGUCUAAUGGAGAUGGCUGUAACCAUGCUCAUUGUUCCUCACAGCACAUUAAUCCUGUGGCAGCUGCACUCAUUCAGAAGAUGCUGCGGUCAGAACCAACAUCCAGACCCACCAUAGAUGACCUACUGAAUGAUGACUUCUUCACUUCUGGCUACAUUCCCACUAGACUUCCUACUACCUGUCUGACUGUACCCCCCAGAUUCUCCAUUGCACCCAGCAGCAUUGAUCCUAGCUUCAGGAAACCACUUACAGCUAUUAAUAAAGGUUUGUUGGCGACCAUACACCUGGUCAGGGCUAUAUUUACAUGUCUGGUGCAUGUAGGCACAGAAUUCAAAGCUACAUCCAGUGAAGGCAUAACACAUACUCAAACUGGACACGUACAUGAACAUGUAGGUAUAGUGAGUGUAUGCAGGGCUAAAGACACUUGUAAAAUGGGGUUAAUGUUUGAAAUGUCUUACAUUGGGUGUUUAAUGUUGAGAUUAAAAUCUUGACUGGUUAUAGUUGAGGUAUAAUGGGUGUAUCGAAUUAUUGGAAAACAUUGGUAGUUUAAAACUAGGAUUUAGUUUGAGUGAUUACAUUUGGCACUGAGGAAAGGGAAAGGGGUGUUUAGGUAACAGGCAUGUGGCGUUUGAAGGGUUAUUUGCACAGUACUCGCCCUCCUAUGAUAGCCCUGCAGGAGCUGUUAUAAAGUGACUCAGUGCUGUCCUAUGAUAUAUACAGUGUCACUCAUUGUUGUCCCUGCUUCUUCUGCAAUACAUUUCCUGUGUGAGAGGCUUAGUGGACAGGUAGGAAGUGAUCCCUUCCACUUCCUGUCCAGCCUCACACACUGGAGGAGUUGGGACACCACUGAGUUUUACACCCUUAUAGAAUGACUGGCAUACAGAUGACACUAGCCAAGUCUCAUUGUAGUUAGACUUCUCCAACAGUUCACCUAAGCUGUAAAUGGUGCCACCUACAGGACUGAUUUCUAAUGUGAAAUCCUCCCUGUUUGUGUUAGUGGGUGGUGAGCCCUUAGAAUGCACACUAUGCGAGGAAAUCUAAGGUCGCCUGCCUUUCAAUGUGAUCAAUUCUGCUUGCAGGACAAGACUCUCCACUGGUGGAGAAGCAAACUGCCCCAGGGAAGGAUGAAGAUGUCCAGCAGCCGGAGUCCACAGAACCUGCUGACUGUUACCUGUCUGACAUGCUGGUACAACUGACAAGUGUCAAUGCAGCCAAGCCAUCGGAGAAGCCCUUGAUUAGACAAGGUAAGGCCUCUUACCUGGUGUUGGAGUGAGAUCCUUCUGUCCAUACUGACCACCUUGAAGUAACAUGGUGAAAGGCUUCUUUUCACAAUUUGUGAGUGAGUAAAUUUCCUGAGUUAAUGUGACAUUUGUCUUUUCUGUCUUUUUAGAUGAAGCUGAAGAUCCAGCCUGCAAUCCCAUAUUCUGGGUCAGCAAAUGGGUGGAUUACUCAGACAAGUAUGGCCUGGGUAUGUAAAUGCAAUGUUGGAGUACAUUAAAGGGUUACUUCACCUUCUCUUAAGCUAAGAAAAAGGAAGGGACCUAGGAGGGGUCUCUGAAGCUUCCUCUUGCAGGUACACUGCCUGCCAUUGUAGAAGCUGACCUUGUCUGUCGCCUGGCUACCUACGUCAUGUGUAAAAGCAGAAGUGGUCAUGGUGGCUGCAGUAACACUUGAAGUCAAUACACUCACAUUGACUUGUGCAAGAUUCCCAUGGCUGGCCUUUAAAGGGUUACUCAGACAAAUCUUUUUAAGAACCCUGUCAGAGUAACCAUUCAUGCAGUAGUAGUUAUGGUGCCCUGGCAUACUGCAAACUUGAUCAGUUGACCUUUUGUAGCAAUAAACUGGCACAGCAGGGCAGAUCCCAGGUAAGUCAGUCUGCAAGUGGAUUGGCUACUUACUUUGAUUCCUGACCAUUCUCACAUUCAUAAAUAACUUUGUUUGUCCUUUGUAGAAGUGUUAAUCUAGCAGAUCAGACACUGCAUAUGUUCAAAUUUCAAACCAUAUCUCACUUUGUUUAGAAGAUCAUGUAUUGCCACCUCUGACGUUUGAAGCUUCAUGUUUCUCUCUUAAUCCCUACCCAGGAUAUCAGCUCUGCGAUAACAGCGUAGGAGUAUUAUUCAAUGACUCUACGCGGUUGAUAAUGUACAAUGAUGGUGACAGCCUACAGUAUAUCGAGAGAAAUAAUGCAGAGUCCUACCUUAAUGUGCGCACCUACCCUCCAUCCUUAACAAAGAAGGUAAGUCCUGCCCUUUUAAUUUUGAUGUGAGCUAGAUGCCACUCUGACACAAUGACAUUAACUAAAGUUAAAUCACCAGCAGUGAUAAACUUGAUAGAUUAGUGGGGACUGUUGCUAUUGGGUAUGGCAAGGAAUUACUAACAAAUCGCAAACUUGUACUAUUCUUCCCGUAUAGAUCACACUGCUUAAAUAUUUCCGUAACUAUAUGAGCGAACACCUGCUGAAAGCUGGUGCCAAUAUCCGUCCAAGAGAUGGCGAUGAGCUGGCUCGUCUUCCUUAUCUGAGGACGUGGUUCCGUACACGGAGUGCAAUUAUCCUUCAUCUGAGCAAUGGCACAGUCCAGAUAAACUUCUUCCAGGUAAGGAACUGAUUAAGGAAACACUGCACUUUAGCUUGAUAGGAGCAGUGUGCAACGCAGAUUUUCUAAAUCUAAAAUUGUAUUUUGUAAUCUGAUUGCAACCAUCUAGUAACAAUUUCUAGUGUUGGAUGCUGGUUUGACAAACAUUCUUUGAAAUCUGUCCUUUGAAUUCUAUAAGAAUCUCUAGUGUAGAUUUGAGACUAUCAAAAUUCCAGAAAACUUGUAAGGUUUUUCAUGGUGGGUCAUGCCAACUAAAUUUAUCCUUGCCUACUUCCUUUCUCUAAACAGGACCACACGAAGAUUAUCCUAUGCCCUCUGAUGGCUGCUGUGUCCUACAUAGACGAAAAACGUGAAUUUCACACCUAUAAACUGAGCCUUAUUGAGGAAUUUGGUUGCUGCAAGGAGCUUGCCAGCCGUUUGCGCUAUGCUCGUACCAUGGUAGAAAAACUACAGAGCUCAAAGACUGGAGCUGUACAUGUGAAGGCCCCAGCAUAGCCUGGAAGGACUACCAAAUCAUGGACACUGUCUCUCCUUGGCAUGGGGCUUGAAAACGCCUUAACUCAUUUUGCUGGCCCAAAUUGCAUAGGGAGAGUUGGUACAGGUCCCUUGUGAAUUUUUUUAAAAAAAAAUACCAUUGUGCCAACAGACUGUAAAGUCAACUCUGCAGGACUUUCUCUCCAUGUAAUCAUAAGUUGGGUAUCUCUUCAGCACUCUAAAAACCUGUCCUGUUUCCUUUUCAAUGUCUACAGUAAUGUCCGGUUUUUAAUGUAAAAUAAACUUUAAAGCUUUUGUAUAUUAACA